AUGGCCACCAUUGAAUCACCAACAAUUAUGGAAUUACAUGGAUUCUGUGACGCCAGUGAGAAGGCAUACGGAGCCUGCAUUUAUCUCCGGUCCACCGAUACGCGUGGUAACAUCCAGGUUGAACUUCUCCUGGUAAAAUCCAAGGUAGCGCCCAUAAAAACUCAAACGAUUCCACGUCUCGAAUUGUGCGGAGCACUGCUCCUCUCAUCCCUAGCUACAACCGUUCAGAAGGCACUUCACGUAAAAAUCAACCGCAGCAUCUUCUGGACCGACUCCACGAUAGUCCUCCAUUGGAUCAACACAUCUCCACAUUCGUUAAAAACCUUUGUCGCUAAUAGAAUCUCAGAAAUCCAGACAAAAACCAACAUUACAGAUUGGCGUCAUGUGAGGACCGAAGACAAUCCAGCGGAUCUGAUCACACGAGGUCAGUCAGCGGUUGAAUUUCUCCAACCAUCUAUCUGGCAGCAAGGACCAGAUUGGCUUAAAGGAGAGGAACUUCACUGGCCUACGUGGGAGAUAAAACAACCAACUACAGAUCUGGAACAAAAGACUGUAGUGUGUUUAACAACUGCACCCAUCGACACGAGCCUGUUGGAAAGAUACUCGUCAUGGGGAAGACUCCAAAGGAUCGUCGCGCUCUGUUUGAGAUGGAAACGCUGCAACACUCAAAAGGGAGCGCUUACAGCCACAGAACUUCGUCAAGCUCACAACGCAAUCGUAAAAUUAAUUCAAGGCCUUCACUUUCCGGAAGAAUUACGAUGCCGCGCCAAGGAGAAGAACUGCUGCAUAAGGGGGAAGCUACAGCGCUUAAAUCCAUUCGUGGACCAGGACGGAGUGCUGCGCGUCGGCGGACGCCUGAAACACUCGGCAAUACCAUUCUCGAAAAAACAUCCAGUGAUCCUGCCGAAAUCAUCCGUCACGAAGCUAAUAAUAGAGAACGAGCAUCGAAUCCACCUGCACGCCGGAGUUCAGGCCACAUUGUACGCCGUGAGACAAAGAUACUGGCCUAUCGACGGCCGCAGUCAAGUUUGGAAGGCGGUCAAGGAUUGCGUCCGGUGUUACCGAGCGCAGCCACCGCCGACCGACUACGUCAUGGGCAACUUACCGGCAGCAAGGGUCACCGAAUCACGCCCAUUUACUCAUACAGGGGUGGAUUACUGCGGGCCAUUCUUUGUAAAAGAAAAAAAACUCCGAAACCGAAGCAGAGUAAAGGUCUACACCGCGGUUUUUGUGUGCCUCGCGGUAAAGGCGGUCCACCUCGAAGUAGUGAGUGAUCUCACAAGUGAAGGCUUCAUCGCCGCACUCCGAAGAUUCAUCGCCCGUCGAGGAUUCUGCAUCAGUCUACACUCGGACAACGGAACGAACUUCGUCGGGGCGAACAACGAGCUACGUGAAUUGCGCGACCUCCUGCGCUCUGAUGACCACAACAACAGGGUACAAGCCUUUCUGUCUGAUCGAUUGAUCGAAUGGCAUUUUAUUCCACCGCAAGCUCCUCACUUUGGCGGUCUUUGGGAGGCCGCGGUAAAGUCGUUUAAAUAUCACCUCAAACGCGUCGCAGGUGCUGAGUUCUUCACCUUCGAGAGCUUUAAUACCCUUAUAAUAGAAAUUGAAUCCAUCCUGAAUUCCCGACCUCUCACUCCUAUUUCAUCUGAUCCUAAUGACCUCCUCGUACUUACACCCGGACACUUCCUGAUUGGCGAUUCAUUUACGAGUCUACGUGAGCGUGAUUUCAGGGAUGUUCCAGCAAACCGACUCUCCAGCUGGCAGCAAAUCCAGAAGGUAAAACAACACUUCUGGGCCCGACGGCAUCGGGAAUACUUGAACGAGCUGGUCACCCGCAGCAAAUGGUCCAGCGGCAGUCACACCAUCACAGAGGGCACGAUCGUCCUCCUGAGAGAAGACAACAUACCCCCGAUGCAGUGGGCUCUGGGAAGAGUCACCCAAGUACACCCAGGCUCCGACGGCAUUGUUCGUACCGUCACGAUUAAAACCGCUACGAACGUGUUGGUCCGGAGCGUGAAAAAACUCGCACCGCUGCCCAUUGAAGCCAAAGAAGAAGACUCGGAGGAACCAGCUACCAAGGGAGAACACUCAUCUCCCUAA